UCGUGACGCACCGCAUUCGCACUUUCGCAGCAAGAGGGCGAAGGACAGAUAUAGAAGUUGGGUAUCGGUUACACGCUGAAGUAAUGAAGCCCGGUGUGCCAACGGUAAAUGGGUGAUUCUGACGGAAUUCCGUACUCAAGCGUACGUUAAAACAGCGUCAGUUCCUGUGAUCAGCGUCUUGGGAGUCGGAACGGACUGUCGCUCCCGUGGCUUCACCCGAAAUAGCUCAGUCCUGUUUACAGAAGCACGGCUUCUCCUGGCUGGACAUACUUCUAAAAAAGGUGCACUACACCGAAGGCCGCAAUGGUGGAUUACUAUGAUGUUCUGGGAGUGUCACGAAAUUCUUCUCCAGAUGACAUCAAGAAAGCUUACAGGAAACAGGCUCUGCGGUGGCAUCCUGACAAAAAUCCAGACAACAAGGAAGAGGCAGAGAAAAAAUUCAAGGAGAUAGCAGAGGCCUAUGAAGUUCUUUCAGACAAAAGCAAACGAGAUGCAUACGACAGAUACGGUAGAUCGGACAUGCCAAGCUCAGACUCUGGUGGUUCUUCAUUUCCUGAUGACUUCCCAGGAUUCUCCUUCACAUUCCGCAGCCCAGAUGAGGUGUUUCGAGAGUUCUUCGGAGGGCAGGACCCAUUCGCUGACUUCUUUGAUGAUUUCCCGUUUGGUGGAAUGCACAGUGGGUUUCACAGCUCCUCCUCCAGGCUUGGGCCCAGUCGCUUCUUCUCCUUCCCCUCAGCAAAUGCUGACUUUACCUCCUUCUCCUCUUCCAUGGGUGGGAUGGGCAGCAUGGGAGGGGCAAACUUCAAGUCUGUUUCUACUUCCACCCGUAUUGUCAAUGGAAAACGUGUCUCCACAAAAAAGGUCAGAGAAAAUGGCCAGGAGAGAACAGAGGUUGAGGAGGAUGGGGUUCUGAAAACUGUCCUCAUCAAUGGUGUUGAGGAUGAGAUGGCUUUAGCUCUGGAACUGAGUCGUAGAGAGCAGUCCAGUCAGCCUCCCAGACAAUCCCAACAGCCACUGCUCCACCCCCCCAACAACAGCUCCCCAAACCCCGCCUUACGAUCCUUCAGCGCCGCCCCGUUCUACCACUGCCCCGAUGCCAGUGAAGACGAGGACGAAGACCUCCAGAUGGCGCUGGCCUACAGCUUGUCGGAGAUGGAGGCCCAGCAGCGGGGAGAGGACGUGAUCUCAGAGUCCGACUUCCAGGCCUUCACAGGCUGACCUGUGGCGCUGUGACCCCCUCUUACCCCCAGAGGUGAAGCAUUUCCCCGAUGCUCUGCUCUGCUCUCUCUCUCUUUCUUUCUGCCUGGCUCACCUGCUGCUCAGACCCUUUUCAAAGUUUUAUUUGGAAAAAAAAAAUCCCAGGCAACACUACAUAAAGGUCAAUAAUGUACGUGCUAAGUAUGUAUGUGUGUUAAUGUGAGCCUUGGAGAGGGAGUACUGGAUUACUUUUUAUAUAUAAAUUAUAUUUAUGGCCUGCACUGAUGAAAUAUGUGAGCUCGUGUACAAAUUAAAGUGUCUUGAGGACAAAAUUAUUCUUUCACAUUUUUAAUAAUGAAUGAUUCAAACCUGCAAUGAAUGUAUAGUUGCACUUGAAAUGCUAUAUUUGAGAAUUUAAAAUCUUCAUAACUAAUGAAAGGUUUAUUAUUUAUUCUGAAAGGUUUCUUGUGUAUUAAUUAAAAUAUCUGCAUUUCAUAACCCA